AUGUCCAUGUGGAGAAGCAUGUAUAAGAUCCAUCAAGUUCACACACACAUUGUUCAACAGCUCAAGUACCUUAACUUCAUCCCUUCUAAUGAGCCAACAUCCGAGAUUCACAGGCAAUCGACUCUCCAGCUCGAGCUUGAAGUCCAGCAAUGGCUUUUGUCUUUCUGCAACUUAGUCAAGGCUCAACGAGACUACAUUCAAAAUCUUUCUGGCUGGCUCCGGCUUAGCCUUUUCCAAUUCAGCAAAAACCCUGGUUUAAGAAACAGCAAGGAAAUUGAAAUUUACUCUUUUUGCGAAGAGUGGCAUCUUGCGGAUGACAGGAUUCCGGAUAAGGUAGCAUCUGAAGGAAUCAAGAGCUUCUUGACAGUAAUCCAUGCCAUUGUUGUUCAGCAAGCGGAGGAGUAUAAGCAAAAGAAGAAGGCAGAUGCCGCAUUCAAAGAUUUUGAGAAGAAAGCGGCAGAGCUCAGAUCACUGGAGAGUAAGUAUAGCACUUUUUCCGUGCCGGAAACAAGCAAGGACCCUAUUGCAGAAAAGAGAACAAAUGUGGACUUAUCGAGAGCGAAGGCCGAGGAGGAAAAGAGCAAGCAUGAGAAGACGGUGAGUGUAACGAGGGCAAUGACUUUGAACAACCUUCAAAUGGGGUUCCCUCGUGUGUUUCAAGCAAUGGUAGGGUUCUCAAGUGUAUGCGUGCAAGCAUUUGAAUCCGUAUACAACCAAGCCAAGUGUAUCGAACAAGAGCAUGACGUGAAGAGAAUUCUCCCUUGA